AUGGGUAUGUUGUUAACUUCUGGAGGUGAUGCAAUUUAAAGAAAAUGCAAAGGAUGUCAUUGUAUGCUAACGAUUAUUUCCAAGGACUAGGUGUCGCUCUAUGGCUAUGCCCUAAAUCCAACUCCCUGAUUUACGACAAAUUGAGCACACUACUGGGUUCCCUAAACACAUUGUUCCCCGGCCAGUGCCCGCGAUUCGAGCCUCACGUGACGAUCACCACCAACGUUGCAGUCGACUUGCACGACAAGGCCCAGAUGAAAGAGGAUGUAGAUAAGAUCUUAUCUGCCAGUGCAGUGGCAUUGCAGUCGUCGCUACUGAAGUCGCAUUCCGAUCUUGUGACCUUGGGCAGCAUUCGCAGCGAGCGGGCAUUUUUUCGGAAACUCUACUUUGAUGUUGCCCCAGAUCCAAACUUGAUAUCCUUUGCCAGGAUCAUACGGGAAAUCUUUGUCAUUGCGCCUGAAGAUAUCGAGAUUGAGAACAGGAAACAGAACCCGCACUUGUAUACGACUGAUCACCACGGCAAUGUCAUUAGGAGAAAGUCGCUGAAAAAGCAUUCUAGUAGGAGCACCGAGGAAACCAAAACAAAAGAGUUUGACACCGAGGAGAUUCGAAGGAGGGCGUCGUACAAGGCUGCAGAGUGGGCGGAAAAGGAAUAUCAUCCUCAUGUCUCUUUGGUGUAUAGCAGUCUUUGGCCGAUCGAUACUGCGUUGUGGAGAACCAUCAAGACGAGAAUCACUGAUUAUCUCGGUGUGGACGACGUGGACAGAGAAGACUUGGAGGAUAUCGGAUACGGCUGGGAUGGAGGCGUGUUGAAGUUGGUGCUUUGCGAAGGAGACGUCACGGAGUGGGUUGUUUUAGGAAGUGUGGACAUCCACUGA